AAGAACCUCAUUCCAUGCCCGAAUCCAAGAAUCCAUCCACUGUCUGAACAACCAACGCCCCCGUCGGCUCUUAUAAAACCACACAGUCUGAAUCUGCGUUUCACAGAAUUUUUUCAUCCUAAAUCUAAUCAUUUCUUCACCAGACCCAUGAAGAAAUUCAGAGGCUUUAAGCUCGGACGCAAGCUCCUCACGGUCUUCACAUGGAUAGUCCGACCCAGAAGAAGGCAGAACAACUUCCAUCUCUUGGACCCUUCGUCCCGAACCCAUAACCCCGUUUCAAAAAUCUGCUCUUUUGCACGGUUUCUCCGUCGCGGAGCUAAGGGACUGUGUGGAUCGAAUUCCGGUACGGGCUAUAUCCAAUUGGGCCAGGAAGGAGGGAAACGGGUUGGGGUUCCGAAGGGGCAUCUGGCGGUGUACGUUGGCGAAUCAGGAGGUGACACGAGGAGGAUGGUGGUGCCGGUGAUAUAUUUUAAUCACCCGUUGUUCGGAGAGCUGUUGAAGGAAGCGGAGCAAGUGUACGGGUUCAAUCAUUCCGGUGGGAUUACGAUACCCUGUGGAGUGUCGGAGUUUGAGAAGGUUCGGAUGAGGAUUGCCGCCUGGGAUCAUUGCCGACGGAGGCAGCACCGUUGACAAUGGUUAUGAUUUUUUUUUUUUUUUUUUGAGAAGAUAAAGUUAAGAGGCCACACCACGACACAAAGUUUGUGAAUAUAUCCUGCCCAUGGCCUCUGAUUUUUGUUUCCAAUUUAGCCUUUUCUUCGUAGUUUCCACAACUUUGCUGAUAUUUA